CAGUGGCGCGACGGUCCAGAACGGUUCUAAAUAGCGGCUCGUUUUCGCCCGCAAUCGUCUGUGCGCCGGAAGCGGUCUUUUGUUCGUGACGAAUGCCAAGGUAUUUUAGGUGCCGUCAUUGUCGUUGGCACCGGUCGCCGACACGCGGCUGGAUGAUCGAUAACGCCUUGUGCGAGCCGCGAGUGGAACAACAGCCGGAGAUUGAAGAUCGAACUCGUGAUCAGUUCAGACGACGGCGGUUCAUCGGCGGAUCGUCAACAAGAGUAGUGUCUUUAAUCCGCAACGUGUGAAAGUGCCGCUCAGCUCGGCUCGGAUAACGCUUGCACUUUGACCGGCGAACACGAAUGGGCAUGGAGCAGUUCGAGCAGUUGCUAACCUGUGCGAUAUGCUUGGAUCGAUACAGAAAUCCGAAGCUCUUGCCAUGUCAACACAGCUUUUGCAUGGAACCGUGCAUGGACGGCCUUGUCGACUAUGUUCGUCGACAGGUCAAAUGUCCAGAAUGUCGUGCCGAACAUCGUAUACCAUAUCAGGGCGUGCAAGCCUUUCCAACCAACGUGACACUGCAGCGAUUCCUGGAAUUGCAUAUCGAGAUCACGGGAGAACUGCCGGACCCUACCAGCGGUCAGACCAUGGAACGCUGCGGUGUCUGCUCCGAGAAGAGUUAUUGUCAGCUGUGCGUGCACUGCGAGAAGAAAUGCUGCCCCGAGUGCAAGGACGCGCACAUGGAUAUCCUAAGACGCGAGAUUACACGCAUCAAUUCUCAGGUACGCAGGGGACUGCACAGGCUGCAGGACGCGCUGGCCUUGGUGGAGAAAAACACGCUGGGCCUGCAGACAAACUGCGCCUCGGUCGGCGAGGAGGUGGACGAGAUUUAUCGGAGGCUGAGCAAGGCUCUGAAAGACCGCACGGAACAUCUGCGUAACGAGGUCGAUCGAUACCUCGGCACCGAGCUCAGAGGCCUGAUUCAGCUCAAAGAGAAUCUCGAAUUGGAAAUCGCGAAUAUCCAGAGCAACUGCGAUUUGGCGGAAGCGCAUAUAAACGAAAACGUGCCGUGGGAUGACGCCGAGCUCUUGGACACAAAGGAGCUCUUCCUGCGUACGGUGGAAUUUAUCAGGAACUUCGAAUACGAAGCGGGGGAUUACAACCGGCGAGUCCGCUUCGUGAUGGCGCACGAUCCGAAUCAGCUUGUCCUUCACGUGGCGGGUUACGGCGAAUUGAACAUUAAACCGGAAAGCGGAAGCGGCGGAUUGCUGGGGAGCUCCAGUAGUUUAGCCCCACCGGUCGGCUCACCCGGUCUUAUGAGGAGCAAGAGCGAUCACCGUCUCGCCUCGCAGUACAGACAGCAAGAGGAGGAACGGCUGGCCAGAAAUCGAUACGUUCCGGAAUACGAGUACGACGCGCCGGAGUAUGAGGUGCCCAGGAACAAGUCCAGGUACAGGAGUCGAUUUAUGCGGCAUCGGGACGGCGACGAUUCCGACGGCGAUUCCCGCUCGACGGUGAGGUUCACGUCGGCGCCGCAGGAACCGUCCAGCCUACGGGAGCGCGUUUUGGACACGGAGGACGCCGCGCGCGGGCCCCUGUCUGGCAUAUUUCGCUUGACGGAUUCACCGCGGGUCAUGAAGAAGCUGCAGGAGUGCGAGCGGGCCGGCAAGAGGAAGAAGGAGGAGCCGGCGAACCAGCCCGUGCCGCAACCGCAACCGCCUAAACCACAGGUGCAAGUGAGAAAGGUACCGACCGCGGUGGCGAGGCAGACCAGCGAGGACGACGAGAUCUCGAGGAUCAAGAAGCAGAACAAGAACGCGGCGGCGACCACCGCCGCCGUCCAUCCCGAGACGGUGGAGGAGAGGCAGCCGACCUCCACCCCCGUUCAUCCACCGCCGUCGAGGGAGCUUCCGGAACGGGAGCCCGAGGAACAGCCGGUCAGGAGGACUUCGGCUAUCGCUAGGAGAACUUCGGCGGAAACUCACGCUCCCCCCGCGGCCAGGAGCGCCUCGUCGGACUCGAGCACCGGCUCCGAGAGCUCGGCGGGAUCCGGAAUACGCAGCACGGGCGCGCCGUUCACGACCGAGGAGAUGAAACAGAAGUACUUGUCGAGAGCACCCCCGACCAGCACGACGACCACCGUCUCCACCACGGCCGGUAGAGAGUCGUCGAACACCGCCCCACCGACACCUAGACCACCGUUUCAGAGCCGUUUUUUAGGCGCAGGUAACCGUGCGGCACCACCGCCGCCGGUACAAACACCGCGGGAAGAACCAGCGGCGAAGAAGAAAGCAGAGGAAGAGGAUGAAGACGAAGAGACAAGCAGCUCUUCCGAAGAGACGGAGUCGGACACCGAGGAGGAAUCGGAAACGGACGGUCAUCCGUCUAAGACCACCCCAACUACGGCAUCCGCCGCUUCUCAAGAUCGUCAGAGAAGCGAAUCCGCCAUGGCGCGCACCGACAUCGGGCCUUUGCUUGCUCGCAGUGCUGAGGCUAGAAGAGGAAGCAAGGAAGAUUCGCCUUCCACCAGGUAUUCGUCGCCGAGGGGCAGCCCCGCGCAAUCCGUGACGACGAUGACGACGACGAUGACGACGCCGAGCGGCGGGGGCGGCGGCGGCGGCGGCGGCGGCGGCGGCGGCGGCGGAGGCGGCGCGAUGACGACCACGACGACGACGACGUCGACGCCGGGCGGUUACACCAGCAGGGCGUUUAGUGCGGCGGACGGCACCGGCGAUGAUCGGUGCUCGGCCGGUCGCGUCGAUGUCGACGUUAGGCACGUAAUCGCGGAUUCCGCUUGUGACGCCGACGCCGACGGGGACACGCUUUUACCGCAGGCGACGAACGCUAGCUCGGCACAAACGGACGUUAUUAUUACGGACGAAUCGACCAACACCACCACCUCCACCACCUCUUCCCACCUCGCGAACGUUAGCGGACCCGAAGGUCUCCUCGGGGGUGACGGCCGCGGCGAUAAUCGGGUUGCGAGGGUGACGUCCGUGGACGAGGGCGCGUUAAUGCGAGGUCGUUCCGAAAUCUCGUUGGUAGCCGCACUCGCGACUGAAGAUCAGUCCGACACGCGAAGAGGCGGCACCGAAGCGGUAGCACCCGAAAGACAUGACUUCGAAGACGUUCCCAGUACUGUCCGAAUUGUCGUGGAAGACGUCGACGCCGCGGCGGAGGAUCCCGCGUCAGAUCCCACGAAUCGAGCCGUCGGGAUGACGGACGAGCGCAGGGAUCGCUCGAGGUCCAAGGAGUCGCAUAGCAUCUCCGAAUGUUCGAGUUUCGUCAGCGGACGGACGAUGUCCGACAGCGAGUCAGACAGCGGUUCCGAGAGUGAUUCCGAGGAAGAGGACGGGAGGGACGAGGAGGAGGAGGAUGACGAGUCUCGGGAUGAAAACUGCAACGUGAAGAACGGGAAGAAGGGGGAGAGGAGGGACGAUGAAAAUUACGAUGAUAAAGAUAGCGCGGGGGCGAACGAGGGGAAUAAAGAUCCCUCGAAUACCGAGAGUGAAGAGGAAACCACGGUGCUGAGUAUCAGCUCAAACGUCACCCGUGGUGAGAGUAGCGUAACGCCUGACGACCGUUACGAGAGGGACUUGAAACGCCGGAGCGCCUCGAUAAUCGACGAGAGGAGCGUCGAGGAGAUGUUCGACGAUAAUGGCUGGGUGGUCGCGGAUCAGGAUCUAGAGCAGGAUCUACAGAUCGACUUGCGAACAGUGUCCACGGUCCCGUUGGACUUUGAAGAGGAGGAGGAGGAGGAGGAGAAGGAGGAGACCGGAGACUGCGUCAGCGACGCAACGGGGACACGUACCGAGGAAAUCCUUUCAGGAAUCGCCGACGGGAUGUCGAGCACCAUCAACGACGCCGUGAUGAUUCCCUCGAGCGUGGAGCAGCGAGCUCCCGAGGCUCCGCCGAGAAUUCACGUUUACAGACAGAGCAGUCUGGGUAAGAACGGCUGGCUGGUCUCCGACGAGUCCGAGAGCGAAUCCGAAGCCCCCGGCGAUCGGGACGUCGUCGUCGUCCCUAGUUUCGGGACCGCGGGCGAAGCGACGGGGAUCGACGUGAUCGAAGAUAGCACGGGCGACAUCGACGAGAACGGGUGGGUGAUACUCGACGACGACGACGACAACGAUGACGACGACGACGAUGAUGACGGGAACGUCGGCAAUGUGCGCGUGAAGGAUAGCAGCACGCAGGAGAACACGAGCACGAUUCGUUUCCGAACGACCGACCCUGUAAACUCCAAAACUAACAUUGAAAACGGCGCGUUAGUCGCUAAUGCUAUCCGGUCGAAGGGCACCGAGCAGUCAGAGCCCGGCGAGGACGAGGAAACGCCCGGUGCCAGUAUGAGUGUACCGAUGCAUAUGGAUGUCUCACGAAUCUGUGAUAAAAAGUGCGGCGCAUCGGUGGUCCCCGAUGGUUGCACUCAUCCAUGGAGCUGGAAUCGAAUCAAAUCAGUGGCAGCUUCGUUCUUGAACAAGAGCAGGAGUCAGGCGGCAAUGAUGGCGUCCCGCGAACGAGAACGUGAACGGGAACGUGAACGCGAACGGGAACGUGAGCGUGAACGGGAACGGGAACGUGAGCGUGAACGGGAACGUGAACGCGAUCGUGAACGGGAACGAGAACGCGAGCGCGAGCGUGACCGGGAGCGCGAGAGGGACUUGGACGCGGAGAUCGAUUCGCCCUUGUCAACGAGAUCGCGCUACGCGGCCCUGAAGGAACGCCGACAACGUCUGGCCCGUUCCAGGAGCUCGCACAACUUCGGCGGCGACGAUCUCGACCUGGACGAGGAACCACCAUCGCCGACGACCCAGUCGCCGAAUGCCUACCUGGCGGCGAAGUACGGCGCCGGCUCGGAACUGGCGCGUAGCCGCAGCACCCAUGCUCUGAAGUCGAGGGAACCGAGCCCGGAGCGCGAUCGACCGGGCACGGAGAAGGACGGCGCGGCCCUGAGCUCCUGGGCCAGGUACCUCAAAAACAAAUACGGCAACCGCACCACUAAGGACAAGGAACCGCCCUCCUCGUCCUCCACGAUACCUUCGUCCAGCACCAGCGCGGCUUCACGGAGGUUGUCGUUGGGCCUGCCUCUGAGGCAUGCCGGGCAAACAUCCUUCGAAUCUUCUGACGACGACCAAAAAAACCCGUCAGGCUCCCCCACGUCCCCUACAGCAGCUCCCGUUACACCCGCGGCAGCAGGUUCCUCCACUAGCAAUGGUCGGAGGAGUCACUACUUGCUGAAGCGGCGGCAGCUGUUUAAGUUCGGGAUGCGGGGGAGCGAAGCCGGAUGCUUUACCUGGCCGAGAGGCCUCGCAGUCGGCCCAGACAAUUCCAUCGUCGUGGCCGACAGCUCCAACCAUCGUGUUCAAGUAUUCGACGGUAAUGGGAACUUUAUGAAGGAGUUCGGUACGUACGGCAGCGGCGAGGGCGAGUUCGAUUGCCUCGCCGGGGUGGCCGUAAAUCGAAUCGGGCAGUACAUCAUCGCGGACCGCUACAACCACAGGAUCCAGGUGCUCGAUCCGUCCGGCCGCUUUCUGCGGGCCUUCGGCUCCCAGGGCACCGCCGACGGCCGAUUCAAUUAUCCCUGGGGCAUCACCACCGACGCCCUCGGAUUCAUCUACGUAUGUGACAAGGAGAAUCAUCGCGUGCAGGUAUUUCAAUCGGACGGCACAUUCGUGGGCAAGUUCGGCUCGUGUGGUAACGGACGCGGCCAGUUAGAACACCCACAUUACAUCGCGGUAAGCAACACCAAUCGGGUGAUCGUCAGCGAUGGCAACAAUCACCGCGUGCAGAUAUUCGACGUGAACGGCCGCGUUCUGACUUCCUUUGGCUCGGAGGGCUCGGAAGAGGGUCAGUUCAAGUUUCCGCGGGGUGUCGCCGUGGACGAUCAGGGCUACAUCGUCGUCGCUGACUCCGGCAACAAUCGUAUACAGAUCUUUAGCCCGGACGGAGCGUUCCUCAAGUCCUUCGGCUGCUGGGGCAGCAGCGACGGCGAAUUCAAAGGCCUCGAGGGCGUCGCCGUCACCUCUACCGGCAACAUCGUCGUCUGCGACCGCGAGAAUCACCGGGUCCAAGUAUUCUGAGCUCGUCGAUCACAUUGAUUACGUUUUGUUUAAUAUUAAAGGAGCUCUGCUUCAAACAGGUACCUACGUGUUGUUUGAUAUUCGCGUUCAUUAAUUACUGUUAAUGACGAGCGAAUAUUUAGAGAACAUUUCUGAACAAUGUCGCAUAUUUGAAUAUUUAAAUUUAAAUUAAAGAGAGACUAUCUGCGAAAUCAAAUUCCAAUAAUCUCGAAUAACUUUUUCACAUCGCGUAUUUAAAAUCUUCAACAAAUAUUUAACAAAGCUCGAAAUGGAAAAAAGUAGAAAAGAAUAGAAAGGAAAUAAAAUAUAAAAAAAUGGUUACAUGUAUUAUGGAGGAUAAAUUAUUAGUUGUAAUUUUUAAAUUAUAAUGUAUAACACACAUAUUUUGAGAAAUACAAGCUGUUGAGUUAGAUUUUCUAAUUUAGUGAUUUUAAGAUGUUGUACAAAUAUAUCUUGUUUUAAACUCGGAGAAAUGAAAUAUUAUUACAACCUGCUUUAUCCAAUUAUAUAGACUCUUUUAUUUGUUGCUUAUAAUUGGAAAAUCCUGUUGUAAAUCUUAUAAAGCUUGUCAUAAUUUAUUUCACUCUUUAUUUCCAGAAAAUUACCUUCAGUGUCUGAACAUAAUAAAUUUAUUACGUCCGCAGUUUUUAUCCAAGAAAAUGAUAAAUCGCAAGAAUACUUAUCACGAAAUUAACGAUUUUUGCGUCCCUUUAUGAAUAAAAAGCAUCCAUUGUCGUAAAGACGGCUAUUAUUUCGGAUUGCAUUGUAAAUAAUUAAUAACUGAUUGAUGCGUGAAAUUCUAGCGUUUUUAUUGACGACUGAAUAUUCACGCAAUAAUUUGUCUUUACUAAUAUUAUUUUUGCACAUGACUGGAUCUGUCAGAUAAAUGAUUUAAACAAAAGUUUGACCAUUUUUAUGAUUAUUUACCCUCUUUCUAUUUCUUAUUUGCUUUACGACCACCAGAGUCGGUGGCAACGAGGGCAAAAUUAGCAGAGUAGAAAAUAGCACGCUUUUUCUGUUUCGAGCUAAUUUUUCAUUAUCAAAAUUGUCCGGACAAGUCAAUCUCAACGCUCCCGCGUUUCUAGUUGCGAAGCACGUAGAUCCGCCAUCGCUUUUCCGCGGUUUACCGCGCGGAUCGUUCGUUCUCGUGCCGCUUUGACGAGUAUUGGAUUCAUGCAUUCUCUCUCUCUUGGCGCGCGAGGCGAUACAGGAUGAAAGAAAUAUCGGAAUGGUAGAGAGAAAAAUCUGAAAGAGAAAAAAAGAAUACAAAACGGCAAUCGUAUCGACGAGCGCAACGACGCGUGAAUAGAAUCGCGCCGCUCACUCGGCGGCGAGCGGUUCUGAAUUCUCGGGGAAAAUCUUGGACCCCGGGUCGAUUCUCCACCUGACAGCCACGAAAAAUACACACGGCCGUGUUUGCCCUUUCCGUCUGUCUAGCUCCCGCUGUCUCUCUCCUUCUUGUUAUACGCACGAUAUCCGAGCGACUUAAUUUAAUUUAUAUGCAAAGUGACAGCAAAUAAAGUUUGUACCGUUUGUAUGCUUUAAAUAAACUAUUGCGGAAAAGGAAGACGAUAGGUAAAUCUCUUUUCUGAACCACCUCUCGCCCCCUCCAGGAAUGUACAUGUUAUUUGUGCUUGCGUAUUUCUCCGCGAAGCAGUUCAGGCAUUAGACAAAGCGAGAAAGAAUCAUUAUCUCCGCACUAUGAAUACGAUUCGUUCAAUUUGGUGGUUCGCGAAGACUUGGUUCGUCACGUUUCACUCGAGAGAGACGAACAGUUGGGACCGGAAAUUCGUCUUGGCCUCGAUAAAAGCCCUAUAAGCAACUUCUCCAAACGUUACUCUAAGCUCAUUAUUUGCAUGGAUAUUCCUUUGCCUGGCCUCAAUAAUUAUAUUACUCUCCAUAUUCCUCGGUCCGAGACGUAAUACACAAUAUUCGACAGUCAUAUUAAGUCGGCUUACAUAGUGUGUUUUAUUAGAAAUUGAUUAAUUAAGGUAAUUACUCACACAAAGUAAUCUAGCACUUGAACCGUUAUCCUACUUUCCGAUGCAAUUUCUUAACAAAGUACAUAAUUUUCCCCCGUAAUUUACUAAAUGAUUUAUUACGGCAAGACCUUCCUUCCUCAUUACUUGCAAAUAUUACGAAACUUAUAAUUACCUGAACAUUGUUGGCGGUAAUUAUCUUGAUGAGAUUGACGGUGUCGUCUAAAAUGUUUCAAAGAGAGAAAGAGAGAGAGAAAGAUCGUAAGAGGAAAUAGAUUAGGAAGGGGACGGGCAAGGUGGAAAGAUGAAUAGGGCAAGUGAAAAGUAAGUAUGAGUCAAUAAAUAUAUAAUUUAUUAAAUGCAAUGUGAUGAAAUGGUGUAACAAUAGAGGGGCGGGCGAAACGGCGACCGUUAAUGAUCGCCGCAAGGGCGGACAAGAGAUAAUACGCCACCCCCGCCCGGCGCCCCCCCGGAGAUCGGAAAUAUAGAUAAAAUAUUUUCGUUAUUAUUUACAAUAUUAGUCGAACGUUAGUCAAUAAAUAAUAAACAGUGGCAUAAUCCCUUUAUUUAAUAAUAUAAUAAUUUAAUUAUAUAUAUAUUUAUAUUUAUAUAUAUAAUAUUACGCUUGCGAUAAUAAAAAUAUUACAAGAGAUGGAGCCUUUACCGUUUAUUCGUUUCCGCUAGUAAAAUCUAGCACGUACGUGCCCACAUCUACGCGUCCACCCCGUUCCGAAACUUUCUGAUUUUUGGGCACUCGUACCCCCCGUCGGGCGAUUACGCAGGCAGCAACGAGAGAGGAUCGAGGAUUCUGCGCGACCGUCCGAAUUUCGAAACGCGGAAACGCCAAGAGCGGAUUGAUGUCGAAACAGUCGUCGAAACCAUCAUCAACAUUCCGGGAAAAUCUCGCUCUCAUUCUCUCACUCUCACACUCUCUCUCUCUCUCUCUCUCUCUUUCUCUCCCUUUCUCUCGCUCUCUUUCUCCCUAUCGCGAAAAAAUCGACGACGGGACUGAACAACAAAUGGCAAAUCAGCUCGGUUCUCGACGUACGUGGAGAAAUGAUUUUCGCAACGCGUCAGAUUAUCACAACGAAAGUACACGCGACAUGCUUGGACGUUAUCAAUCAUCGAGCGGAAUAAAAAGGCUGUGUAUAUCUGUGUGUGUCUGUGUUUUACGUGUCUCCGUGUGUGUUUUGUGUGGUGUGUGUGAACGCCGCCACGCGUGACUGGGAGUUGUGUCGUGUUUAGGAUCAGGCAGGCAGCAAGCAGGUACAAAGUGACCGUCGCGACGAAGGAACAAAGUAUAUCUUUUUUUUUUUUUUUUUGAAGGUCUCCCUAUAACUCCUCGUGUAUCUGUGGUACUCCGUGUAAUUCUGUGUUCCCUGAUGUGUAAUCCCCCGGUGUCUGCGCAGCGGGCGCUGUCAUAGGCACCGGCCCGAUCGUUUCGACCCUUUCGACAUCGUUUCGACGCGUGCAACGCGCGGCGCCGCGCCGCGCCGCGUGUUCGCGCGAUCGCGAGCCCGCGCCGGGCCACUCGACCGGGCGCCAACCCCGGGGACCGUGUCGGAAUCCUUCGGAAUUCUUCUUUUUCUCUUUUUUUUUUCCCUCUAUUUUGUAAAAAAUAUACGCAAGAGCCGCGGCGAAACCGCGCUUCCGCCAGCACGCGGCGUCGGAACUCGUCCCUCCGUGCUGUUUUGGGGGCUGUGGGAUUCAGGCGGUUCUCGAAACACGGUUUCGCCGGUAGAGCCGAGGGGAGGAUUCCGGACGGGCUCGCGACAGCGGAAACCGCACGCACGGGCGAACCUCGCGCGCGUGUGUGUCUCGUGCAAUCCUGGAGAAAUGGACAAUUGGAAAUAUAUCUCUGGAAUCUAUAGCGCGAAUCUCGAUCGUUCUUGAUUUUUUAGGAGAAGAAUUAAGUUCCUGUUAGUUCCUUAGUGCUUUUAAUAAGUCCGCUAUUAAUACACCUACUGAUUCGUCUCUGCAUCUAGAGAGUAGUUUGAAAGGUGGCAUGAGAUAGAAUGUGUUAUAGAGGUUUCUUUCUCUCUUUUUUUUUUGCAUUAUUUCCCAUCUGUUGUAUCGAGAUUAAUUGAGUAAUAAAGUUAUAAUUAUUUAUUUAAUUAAUUAAAGUGGCAGCAGUUAGGCCAUGCGGCUCCUAUCAUCUAGUCGUCUUUGACUCUUGGCUUCCUCUUACGUAGAAUUUAAAAAUUGUUUUUUUUUCUCUCCUUUACUUAUUAAACUUCUUUAUAUUUUGAGAAUAAUUUGUAUUAUAAAUGACUUUUAAAGUUUAUGUUAUUCAUCGAAGCGCCUACCCUAGCGAUGUCUUUUUAAUUAAGAUUAUUCCAUCCUUCCUCAGCGACCGCCUCCCUCCUUGUCUUCCCCCCCCCAUUGCUUUCUCCGUCUUGCUCUCAGCCUUCGGUCUAAUGAAAUACCUUCGCCCAGCUUGCCCUCGGUGUACGUGGUUAAUUAUGCAAUGAGUAUGGAGCGACGGCGAAAAACUUCGGAAAAUCUCGCGCGGUGUCGGCCGUUCCCUGUCCGCCAUUCCGCGGGUAAAAAAUAUUAUUAUAUAUUCGACUUGUCUCGCGGAGAGACCCCGGUGAAAAGCGACAGUGCGCCCAGUCCUCGGUACUCGUGUGCGAGUAUCGCGUACCGAGGACUUUUGUUCUUCCGCCGAGACCACGCGCGCGGUGUCGUCCUUCUUCGUCAUUUCUUCAAUUCGGAACCUGAUUGCCACGCAUAACGACAAGCUCGACUACCUAGAAUUAUCCCUAAUUUGAGACUUUACUCAUCAUCGUCGUCAUCAUCGUCGUCGUCGUCGUCGUCGUCGUCGUCAUCGUCGUCGUCGUCGUCGUCGUCAUCGUCGUCAUUGUCGUCGUCGUCGUCGUCGUUAUCGUUAACGCCUCUCGUGCCCGCUACAUUUAUAAUCUCUAGCCCUCGUUUAAUUAGAUUCUUAAAUAUGUAAUAAGCAAAAAUAUUAAUAUAUAUAUAAUAAUAGUUUUUUUUGUGUAUAUAAUUAUUAUUAUUUUACUCAUUUUUUAAGUAUUUCGAUAGGAUCGUGAUUAUUUUUAAUUAAUUAACAAUGAUUAAAAGAGUGUAAGAAUUUGUUAUCUUCCCUUUCCUCCCUUCUUCCCGUUCUCCUCUCGCCUCCCGCGCACGCCUCUCACCUCCCCUUUUAAUAACUAAUAACUCUUUAAGCUUAAUAGCAUGAAAAUGCUCGUUGGAAUUGACUCAUGUGUACAAUAUAUAUUGUAGUAACACCCCAUCUCGCGCUCCGCAAUUACGUCGCUCUAAUUAGAUCUCACAAUUCGCUGUGAGUUUCUGCGAGACACACCCCCGAGGGGAGAGGGUCGAUAUGGGUUGAUUUGCUGUCUCGAAGAAAUUCGGCAAUUCGAAAAUCCGCAGAGCGCGGCCCCCUCACAUUUACGACGCGCGGUAUCGACACACUUUUACUCCCCCACGACACAACGGAUCCCGCACGGCGUAACAUCGGCUCACCAGUUCAUCCCUCGGAUCUCGCUCCAUCCGUCCGUCUCUCUCUCUGUCUGUCUGUUUCCGUUUUCCUCUCUCUUUUUUUUUUUUACGCACAUCAUGCGAGAGCGCCCACGUGCGCGCGCGCACGCGGUGACGCACGUGGAUUUCUCUUAUCUCCCCUUCUUGUCCCGUUGCGCGGAAAUACUUUCUUGGAUCACCAUAAAUUUAUCACAAUAGACGUUUGUCCACCCGAACUCUGAACUUAGAACGCCGGGACAAUCACGCCGACAAUUCGCGCGCGUCCGCAAUCAACUACGCCCUUAAAUUUUACCGCUAAUUAUAUCUUUACGCUAGAGAACCUUUAAAAAAAUCCCCUAUCGGAGAGAGAGAAACGGUAGGUAGUUUUUUUUUUGUAACAAUGUAUAAUCGACUAGCUUACGUUCUAAAAAGUACUACUUUAAAAUUGAUUAUACUGUGACUAGCACAGCCCGUGGAUGAAAUAGCCCCCUUUGGACGAAGGGCCCGUUUUUUCCUCUUUUCUCUCUUUUUUUUUUCUUGUAAUUUCUCCUGUAAUAAUUAGUUUCUCUUUUUCUGCUCUGUUUCCCACUUUUUUCUCUCGCUUUCUCAAAAGUUUUUUUUUUUGUUUUUUUUUAAUCAAAGUACAGCUCUUUUCGUUUACUUUGCGUCUCUCAAGCAAAACAAAGUCGUACACGAAAGAGACCGUUUUCUACCACGUUUUGAACGACAGUAAUUUCUCAUCUAAUUAUAUACAGUGG